UAACGUUUUAGAAACGCAUACACUACCCAUCAUCCCCGGCUGCCAUUACGCAAACCAGGAAGAACCAAGGACGUGACGCUAAUUCUUCCAUGUGACUGUGUUGCUGGUUUCGAGAGCAAUAAGAGAGGCAGUCAGGAUGAGUGGGGCUGCGCUGGGCAUUGAGAUAGUGGUGGUGUUCUUCCUGGCUCUGUUCCUGCUGCAUCGCUAUGCAGACUUCCGUAAGCAGCAGAGGAUGGUGCUGUUUGGUACAUUGCUGGCCUGGUACCUGUGUUUCCUCAUCGUCUUCAUUCUUCCUCUGGACAUCAGCACGACAAUCUACAAGCAGUGUAAGAUUGAUCAUGAAGAACAUGGCUCCGUAUCCCUGGUGACCCCACUGAUAUCCAAUCAAACUGCAGGAAACUCCACUAUGGCCACACCCACUAAAAGUGUUCCAAAGGUGUGUUACAAGCCGUGGAGCUACAUUCCGGAUGGAAUCAUGCCUGUGUUCUGGAGGGUUGUUUACUGGACCUCUCAGUGUCUCACCUGGCUGCUGCUGCCCUUCAUGCAAUCCUAUGCACGCUCGGGGGGCUUCUCUAUCACUGGGAAAAUAAAGACGGCACUGAUAGAGAAUGCCAUUUAUUACGGGACAUACCUGCUCAUCUUCGGAUCGCUGCUUAUCUACGUUGCCGUUCACCCUCAGUGGCACCUCUCCUGGUAUGAGCUCCAGACAAUAGGCAUCACUGCAGCCAACACCUGGGGCCUGUUCCUGCUGGUGCUGUUGCUAGGUUAUGGCCUAGUAGAGAUUCCGCGCUCAUAUUGGAACGCCUCGCGGCAGGGACACCUGCUCAUCAAGACCUACUUCAAGGCAGCCAAGCUGAUGACAGAGAAGGCUGAUGCAGAGGAGAAUCUAGAGGACGUCAUGGAGGAAGUGAGAAAAGUCCAAGAAUCCAUCAAGUAUAACCACCCACUGAGGAAGUACAUCGAUACUAUUCUUAGAAAGUGCCCUGUGGAGUACCAGGAGAAGAUGGGCAGAAACAUGGAUGACUAUGAGGACUUUGAUGACAAACAGAACACCUAUCCUAGUGAAAAGAACCUGGUGAAGCUUCACAAACAGGUGAUCUACGCAGUGCAGAGGCACAACAGGACCCAUGUCCAGUGGCAGAUCCUCCUGCAGCAGGCUAUGCACCUGGAGGACGUGGCCAAGAAUGAGACCAGCUCAGCCCACCAGUUUGUUCACAGCUUCCCCUCCACAGAACCAACUAGCUGGCUCAGCCCAUACUUAUACACUCCUACUGUAGAGUGGUACUGGGAGUGCCUGCUGAGACAGUGGUUCUACCGUCUGCUGGCAGUGUUGCUGUCUCUGUUCUCUGUGGGUGUGGUGUGGUCUGAGUGCACCUUCUUCAGCACCCGGCCCGUCCUCUCACUCUUCGCUGUCUUCAUCCAGCUCGCUGAGAGAGACUACAACUACUUGUACAUCGAGAUGGCGUGCUUCAUCACCAUCUUCUUCCUGUGUACCUGCGUUUACUCCACUGUGUUCCGGAUCCGAGUGUUCAACUACUACUACCUGGCCUCACACCACCAGACUGACGCCUACAGCCUGCAGUUCAGUGGCAUGCUGUUCUGCCGUCUGACCCCUCCUCUGUGUCUGAACUUCCUGGGUCUGAUCCACAUGGACUCUGCCAUCUCCCACCAACUGAAGGAGCAGACGGCCUACACCUCUAUCAUGGGUUCUAUGAGGGUCCUAUCGUUCAUCGCUAAUGGCUUCUAUAUCUACUACCCCAUGCUUAUAUUGCUGCUUUGUAUCGCUACCUACUUCAGCCUGGGUACCCGCUGUCUGAACCUCCUGGGCUUUCAGCAGUUCGUGGGAGACAAUGAAAUGACCUCUGACCUGAUUGAUGAAGGCAAGGAGCUCAUUCGACGAGAGAAAAGAAAGCGCCAAAGGACAGAGGAUGGAGAGAACCGGCGAAGGGAGUGGAAGGAGCGUUAUGGUAACACUCGGGAAGACACUGCCAGGAACAGGAAUAGAAAUGAAGCCGCAGAAAUGACGGAGACCAACUACUCUGAUACUGUGCCUAUCCCGAACACUAGCCCUAACAGACAGGUGAAAUACUCUCGGACUGGCAGAGGAACAGAGAGAGAUUCUAUAGAACUUCUCGAGGACGCAGAGCCUUUGGACUUCAAUGCAGAGACUCUUUCAGACGACCCUCUUGAAGCAGACUCCACCAGGCAUGUACCAGGCAGGUACCUGUCCAUGUCCUCGUCACGGAGCAGAAUCUUUGAUGAUGUUUGAGAAGAGUAGCGAGGGAGAGUCGAAGGAACAGGAAAGCUAAAUAUUGCACAUGAAUUUAUCCUCCACUCAUCCACCUUGCAGGGAAGACAAUAGGAAGGAGAGAGACUCUCAGGCUCUGUGAAUGUAGCACGACCUCUUAUCUUCCACUCCACUGUUGGCAUGAUGUAUCUGCUGCUCCUUGUCUCCAAUAGCUUGUCUUCUGUCAGAACACUCCAGUGGCUGUUGAUAUACACUUCCCUAUUAGACCGAUAGCUGUCCUCCCCUGUGCAGCAUGUCAUGAAUGCAGAUCCGUACCCCAUUUGGGCUCAUCACUGUUUCUCAUCCGUUAAACCACUUCGUCAUUUCUGUUAUUACUUAUACAUGAAUUUCCGUUCAAGGUCCUCUUCCUGUGGUAUCCCCUGUGAUCUUUACAAUGGAUCUUACCUCAAAAAUCUGGUUGAUGGGCUGAUUACAUUGUUCAUCAUUUUGAUGAGAAGAUAAGUAAUUACUACUAAUUUAAGGAUAUUUUUGGAGGAAGACUUAUUUAAAAGUCUUAACCCACGAAAAGUUAUUAACUUUCUACUUAUCUGUCAGCAAAAUAGAAAUAGUGGGAAAAAGUAUCAAUGUUUCAAUGGAGCGGCAGGUAGCCUAGUGGUUAGAGCGUUGGACUAGUAACCGAAAGGUUGCAAGAUCGAAUCCCCGAGCUGA